AUGGCAUUCGACGGACCGAACAACGGCGCGGUCGGGAGCAUGCCCGAAGACGACUCGGGCAUUCCCCUUCCGUAUGUCGAGGGCGAAGCGCAGCCCCAGCAAAACUCGGAAAUGCUUCAGAUGCUUCAGCAAGGACAACCGAACGCGGGUCUCGAGCAAGACGGCCCCGCAGCUGGCGAGGGCGCAAACGCAGGGGAUGUCGCGCCUGCGUUCGGAGAAAAUGCAGACUCGAGGGAAGGCCCACGAAACGAAGAGGACAGCUCGCCGCCCCCGGCUUCUGACGCAGAGGAUCCCUCCGGUGGCUCUGGCGGCGACGGACAAAACUCCCCCCCGCGUGAAUCGGACAAAGAAGUGCAGAUGCGCAAGUUGUUUGUCGGCGGGCUCAGCCGCUCCACCACAACCGACAGCCUUCGCACGUACUUCCAGCAGUAUGGCGACGUAGCUGACAGCGAGGUGCUCUUCGACAAGUUCACAGGCAGGAGCCGAGGCUUCGGUUUCAUCACGUUCACGACCCCAGAACCGGUCUCGCGUGUAGCCGACAUGCGCCACACCGUUGACGGCACCCAAGUGGAGGUUCGCAGAGCCAUUCCACGUGAAGAAGCGCGAGAGCACGGAGGCUCCGGUGCGGAUCGUGACGCUGGACGUCUCUUCGUUGGCGGCAUCAGCGACGAUGUAAACGACGAGUCUCUACGCGCUUACUUCCGUCACUAUGGCGAAAUCCAGUCCGCCAAUGUGAUGGUUGAUCGCCAGAAUAACCGCCCUCGCGGCUUUGGGUUCGUCAUUUUCAGAAAUCCCGACGACGCGGAGAAGGCGAUUGGCCCCCACAAGAAACUCGGCGUGCAUUGCGAAGCGAAGCGUGCACAACCGCGUCAGAUGAACCGCGACCGCAACUCCGGCGGCUGGGGCGGCAGCGGCAGUAACUGGGGCCCCGGCGGCUACGGUGGGCGAGGCUAUGGGGGUGGCCGAGAGGGAGGCUAUGGAGGAGGCAGAGGACGCGACUACGGCAACUACGGGCCGCCCGGAGGCGCAGCAGACCCAGCAGCAGGCUACGGAAUGGGAGGCCCCGGUGGCGUGUACGGAGGCGGCGGCUACGGGGGCUACGCGAACUACAAUCCGUACUACGCUGCUUACUACGCUCAAAUGGCGGCCUACAGCGCCAUGGGUGGCUACGGCGGUUACGGUGGAGCUGCAGGAGCGCCCGGCGCCUACGGAGUAGGCUCAGACGAGGGAGGCUAUGGAGGCUCUCCGGCGUCAGGUGGAGCAGACCGGGGCAACCGCAUGGCCAAUCGAUCGACUCCGUACUAG